GACCGGUGGGCGGAGAACGGCGAAGUGAUUGGAAGUGAUACGAAGUGACACGGUGUAGGAAAAGGAUUGAUACGAUCUUAUGUUUACCAAAAUUUAAUAUAUUUAAUAAAUAAUUUAAUAAAUAGGAACUUACAUCGAGUGACGUGAGUUUGAUUGGAUUUCAAAAAUGAUACGCUUUAUCCUCAUACAAAAUAGGGCAGGUAAAACCAGAUUAGCAAAGUGGUACAUGAAUUUUGACGAUGACGAGAAGCAGAAGCUAAUAGAAGAGGUGCACGCAGUGGUCACCGUCAGAGAUGCAAAGCACACGAAUUUUGUUGAGUUUCGCAAUUUCAAGAUAGUGUACAGGCGCUAUGCAGGCUUGUACUUCUGCAUUUGCGUCGACGUCAAUGACAAUAAUCUCUGCUACCUGGAAGCAAUACACAACUUUGUGGAAGUGUUGAACGAGUAUUUCCACAAUGUAUGCGAGUUGGAUUUAGUGUUCAAUUUUUACAAGGUCUACACCGUUGUCGACGAGAUGUUCCUGGCAGGUGAGAUCCGAGAGACGAGUCAAACCAAAGUGCUGAAGCAGCUGCUGAUGUUAAACUCCUUAGAAUAAACGUGCUCACGGAUCUCGGUUGACGUUAACGUUAACCGAACGCAUGAUCUGAAUACAUGUAACGUGUCCGAAGUAAAUAUAAGUCCGUACUAAUAAGUAGAUUGUGUUGCAUAUAAACACAUAUAAAAAAUACUCCAUGUUAUGAAAUCAUGUAAGUAAUUUUCGGCAGUUGUUUCUUUCGCGGGGAAAAAAAUGUGAUGUACAGUAAGCUCUUUGCGAAUUUUGCGUUACGAAUUACGUUGCGUUACGGACGGUAACGGUGUCGAAACAUGACGGACUAUCUAUACAAUCGAUAUGAGAUAGGCUACUCUCGUAGGCAUGAAAGAGAAGACAAAAUAUAAUAAAUAUAUACACUUAUGUUUUAAUUAAUGUAAUAAAUACUGUAAAUAUGUGGUAAAG